CCCUAGGACCACCCCAAGGACCCCGCCGCUGCUCCAGCGCUGUGCAGCCACCACCGCUGCCUCUCCUUAGCUGCCACCAUGACGACCGCAUCCCCCUCGCAGGUGAGCCAGAACUACCACCAGGACUCAGAGGCUGCCAUCAACCGCCAGGUCAACCUGGAGCUCUACGCCUCAUGUGUCUACCUGUCCAUGUCUUACUACUUUGACUGCGAUGGUGUGGCUUUGAAGAACUUUGCCAAAUACUUUCUUCACCAAUCUCAUGAGGAGAGGGAACAUGCUGAGAAACUGAGGAAGCUGCAGAACCAACGUGGUGGCUUCCUUCAGGACAUCAAGAAACCAGACUAUGAUGACGAGGAGAGUGGGCUGAAUGCAAUGGAGUAUGCAUUACAUUUGGAAAAAAAUGUGAAUCAGUCACUGGUGGAGCUGCACAAACUGGCCACUGACAAAAAUGACCCCCAUUUGUAUGACUUCAUUGAGACACAUUACCUGAAUGAGCAGGUGAAAUCUAUCAAAGAAUUGGGUGACCACAUGACCAACUUACGAAAGAUGGGAGCACCCCAAUCUGGCUUGGCAGAAUAUCUCUUUGACACCCUGGGAGACAGUGAUAAUGAAAGCUAAGCCUUAAGCUAAUUUCCCCAUAGCCAUGGGGUGACUUCCUUGGUCACCAAGGUGGUGCACGCAUGUUGGGGUUUCCUUUACCUUUUAUAUAAG